AUGUUUUACGAAUUCAUUUAUCUCUACCUAUUCCAUGAUUCUGUCCAGAGUACCGCUCAGAGUUAUCAUGAGGAGCCAUGUCACAGAAAUGUAAUCAGAAAUCUACUCUCCGCCAUUAUUGUGGGAGACGCACUUCAUACAGGAAGGAAACUAUUUUCAUUCAAUGCCACUGAAGAGUCACAGGAAUAUCCGUUGGGUAAGAAUAAUAAAACAGAUAAAUUACAAUUGAAACAUAUCCAACAUGUACUCUUUCCAGAGAAAGUCAUUAAGCGAUGCCAAAUAGAUCUCCUAAAAGACAUCGUAUUACCAAAUCCAAAGCCAGUAAACGGAAAAAGCGGCACAUUGGAAAAUGUUAUCACGCCCAGUAGACUCAUGGAAGAAUCUGAAUGGAGCACACUGCUGCGAAGCCUGUUAGGGAAAGUGUCACAGGAGGUAAGGAAUGGACAGAAGGAACUACCGAGAUAUCCAAACAGAAUAAGACACAUAUUGAAGUCAUUGCAAGGUAAUAUAUUUAAAAGGCGUCUUAUGAAGCAAAUAAAGUUAAAAGAAUGGGAUAAGACCCUCUUGAACACGGACUUCAGAAUUGAUUACAUAUUAAAAGAGUUAGAGACACAUUCGCCGACUCAUAUGUUAUUAGUCAUGACAAUGCUACAAGAAUUAGUAAAUAUUAUAGUAGGAAAUAGUCUAGUCAAUAAGUCCCAAUUGACAACUUCGGAAAGCAUUCUACUUACCCAUAAAUCCAUACAGAAGGGACAAUUUAGUCACUUGAUGAUACUGCUGUUUCAUCUACUCAACCAUACUCCUUAUUUAGAAAGUAAUGUGUCUAUACAUGAAGCCAAAUAUUUAAAUAAAAUUACAGUAGACAAUACAUGGAUGCUACUGGCAACAAAGUAUCUGGUGCUACCGGUUGAGACACAGCAAAACUACGCAUAUGCCAGUAGAGACAGUUCAGCUAACGAGGGUAAUGAAGUAGGGCUUAACACGGAAUCAAUACAGGAAGCUAAUCUCGCAAAUGAAGUUCAUGUUAAGGACAUGUUCGAUGGAAAACAAGCAGCUGAUGAUCCAGAGCAGGAUUCUCUAACAGGUGAUUGUAACUUAUUUAGAAAAUUAGGAAACUUGGAAGAAGAAAAGCCGCAUAGAUCUGAAAUGCUACACGGGAAUAUCAUUAGAGAUGGAAUCCAUGCUUAUAAAAUAGAUGACUUCCCAAAGAGCAAUCAUCGCUUACGUGAAAGAGCUGUAAACAUAGAAGAUGAUUUAUUUAAAUUAUGCCAAUCUAUACAGAAAGAUUCAGAAGACUGUACAAAUGAAAUGUCAUGGAACGUUGAUUCAACAUAUAAGGCUGCAUUAUCUCCAGAUAGUGGUUUAUGUAACUUCUACAGAUCCAUAAGGCACGGCCCAAUUGUAAAAGAAAAAAGAUUACUUUUAGAGGAAUCUGCAGAAAUAGGUGAUGACCAAGGAAAAGAUGAAUUACGACCGGGGAGAGAUUCACCAAGAAAAGCUACCGUAGCAGCGGGAAUUCAUUUCUUAAUAAUAAAUAGAGCUGUCAAGACAAAUACAAAAGGAACAACCAAAGUAGGAACAUUCACCCACCUUAGAAAUGGAAAGAACAUCGAUAUAAAGCAAAAGGACCAGUUCCUGAGAAAAUUGAAUUCCUUGGAAAAAGAUGAAGUUCUCUUCACAGAAAGAAUACUACCUGGAGUUGCCUGCACAGUCAGACAGAAUGCAGUGAAGACACGGAACAUGUCGGAAGAGGGUAAUUCUUUGAAAUCAAAUUACGGCUUGUCUAAGAGAAGAUUAUCAUGGAAACAUAG